AACAUAGGAUUCUUUAAAGGGUUUACAAGCCCACGUCAGUCAGAUUUCCAAUAAAUUUUGCUAGAGUUUUCGGUCGCUUUUUAGUGAAUUUUCGUGCACAAAGAGGAAAUUUGUAAUCAUGGCAGAUUCAAAGAAUGCGGAUGAUUUGGCUACGGCAAUCCUGAAGCGGAAGGAUCGUCCAAAUCGUCUUCUUGUGGAGGAAGCUGUAAAUGAUGACAACUCCGUGGUGUCCUUGUCGCAGGCUAAGAUGGAUGAUUUGGGUCUCUUUCGCGGGGACACAGUUCUCCUCAAGGGGAAGCGUCGCAAGGAGACGGUCUGCAUUGUGUUGUCAGAUGAAAAUUGUCCCGAUGAGAAGAUCCGGAUGAAUCGGGUGGUGCGCAAUAAUUUGCGUGUUCGCCUCUCGGAUGUGGUAUCCAUCCAAUCUUGCCAGGACAUCAAGUACGGCAAACGCCUCCACAUUCUUCCCAUCGAUGAUUCCGUUGAGGGGCUUACGGGGAAUUUAUUUGAGGUCUACCUCAAGCCCUACUUCUUGGAGGCUUACAGACCCAUUCACAAAGAUGAUAACUUUAUUGUACGCGGUGGAAUGCGAGCUGUGGAGUUUAAAGUUGUCGGGACAGAACCUUCACCGUAUUGUAUUGUGGCUCCGGAUACGAUUAUCCAUUGCGAUGGUGAACCCAUUAAGCGUGAGGAGGAGGAAGAAGCUCUCAAUGCUGUGGGGUACGAUGAUAUCGGUGGAUGCCGUAAGCAAUUGGCUCAAAUUAAGGAGAUGGUGGAGCUGCCAUUGCGUCAUCCAUCUCUCUUCAAGGCGAUCGGAGUGAAGCCUCCACGUGGGAUUCUUAUGUACGGUCCCCCCGGUACGGGAAAGACACUAAUUGCCCGUGCGGUGGCCAAUGAGACUGGGGCUUUCUUCUUCUUGAUUAACGGCCCGGAGAUCAUGAGUAAGCUGGCCGGUGAGUCCGAGUCGAAUUUGCGUAAGGCCUUCGAAGAGGCUGAGAAGAAUUCUCCAGCAAUUAUCUUCAUUGAUGAACUCGAUGCUAUUGCGCCAAAAAGGGAAAAGACUCACGGCGAGGUGGAACGCAGGAUUGUGAGUCAGCUGCUCACAUUGAUGGAUGGCAUGAAGAAGAGUAGCCAUGUGAUUGUCAUGGCGGCUACCAAUCGCCCGAAUUCCAUUGAUCCAGCUCUUAGGCGUUUUGGGCGUUUCGAUCGGGAGAUUGAUAUUGGUAUCCCUGAUGCAACGGGCCGGCUUGAGGUGUUGCGCAUCCACACGAAGAAUAUGCGCCUUGCUGAUGAUGUGGAUCUCGAGCAAAUUGCAGCAGAGAGUCAUGGGCAUGUGGGGGCUGAUCUGGCCUCACUCUGCUCCGAGGCAGCUUUGCAGCAGAUUCGUGAGAAGAUGGAUUUGAUUGAUCUCGAGGAUGAUCAAAUUGAUGCUGAAGUGCUCAAUAGUUUGGCUGUGUCAAUGGACAACUUCCGCUAUGCCAUGACAAAGUCCAGCCCAUCGGCACUACGUGAGACAGUUGUGGAGGUUCCCAAUACCACCUGGACGGAUAUUGGUGGCUUGGAGAAUGUGAAGAAGGAACUGCAGGAGCUUGUGCAGUAUCCAGUUGAGCAUCCGGAUAAAUUUCUCAAAUUCGGCAUGCAACCCUCGCGUGGGGUUCUCUUCUACGGGCCACCAGGGUGUGGUAAGACACUCCUGGCUAAGGCCAUUGCAAAUGAGUGUCAGGCCAAUUUUAUCUCCGUCAAAGGCCCCGAAUUGCUCACAAUGUGGUUCGGGGAGUCCGAAGCGAAUGUCCGUGACAUUUUCGACAAGGCACGCUCAGCCUCACCGUGCGUGCUCUUCUUCGAUGAAUUGGAUUCAAUUGCAAAGAGUCGUGGGGGGAAUUUGGGUGAUGCCGGUGGGGCGGCUGAUCGGGUGAUCAAUCAGAUUCUCACGGAAAUGGAUGGGAUGGGGGCAAAGAAGAAUGUUUUCAUUAUUGGAGCAACCAAUCGCCCGGAUAUCAUUGAUCCGGCUAUUCUGCGUCCAGGACGUCUCGAUCAGCUAAUUUACAUUCCACUGCCAGAUGAGAAGUCGCGUGAAUCCAUUCUCAAGGCUAAUUUGCGUAAGAGUCCCAUUGCACGUGAAGUGGAUCUUGGGUACAUUGCAAAGGUGACUCAGGGAUUCUCUGGAGCUGAUCUCACGGAGAUCUGUCAGCGAGCCUGCAAAUUGGCCAUUAGGCAGGCCAUUGAGACGGAGUUGCGCCGAGAGAAGGAACGUGCUGAGAAUCAAAACAGCGCUAUGGAUAUGGAUGAGGAAGAUCCCGUGCCGGAGAUAACUCGUGGACACUUUGAGGAAGCAAUGAAAUUUGCACGUCGUUCUGUGUCGGAUAAUGACAUUAGAAAGUACGAGAUGUUUGCCCAGACACUUCAGCAGUCUCGAGGUUUCGGUACAAACUUCCGUUUCCCAUCGGGCAGUGGUUCAUCGGCUCAGGGUGGUCCUGGACAGAGUCAACCACAAAAUCGUCCGGAUGACAAUGGAGACGAUGAUCUCUACAGUUAGGCGAUUUCCUCUUCUAUCUCAUUGCGCAUCCAUAAGAGAAAUUUUUACUUCUUCAAAGAUAAAUGCGAACAUAGAGCCUCAUCUUAGAAUUUUUGUGUUUAGGUUUAUUUUCUUUGAUACAUUAUAUAAAAAACUACACAUAAUAUUUGAUGAUGAAUAUGAGUGGAAGAUUGAAUUAGUUGUAUCUUUUUCUAAAACAAAAAACAAACCAAUCAGACUCGAUGUUGAGGGUAAUUGCAGAGUUUUUUUGCGUAAUUUAAACUUAUAUUUCCAAACAUGAAAAUAAACAAUAAAAUUGAAAUUAUAUAA